CUUAAUUUAAUUCAGUUUGAGAAGGAAAUAGCUUAGUAGCUUAGAGGAGAAAUAUAAUCACGGGAUUGACGUGUUGAAUUCAAUCUCCUUUUGCUUUUACGAUGAAGGACAACGAUUAUGUGAUGUAUAUUAUAAUGGAAUAUGAAAAGGAAAGGAAAGAAAAGGAGGCACUUAAGAAGGUGAUGAAAAACAAAAAAUCGAAUGUGGACAUUGAAGGUGAAAAGGGAAAAGAUCAAAGCAUCUCUGUUGAGAAGAAAAACAUUGACAAAGAACAAAAAAGAGACACCAAUGAGAAAGCUGCAAAACAAGAAGCAACUAUAGACAACAUCAAAGACAAUGUUGGAAUCCAUUUAUCUUGUGGGCCUAAACUGGGUCUUGAACCAAUUGAUGAACUUGUCAACGAAGUUAUUGAGACUUCUGAUAAAAAAGAUGAUGUUAUACAAGAGAAACUGCAGAAGGAGCCAGUUUCAAUUGUUGACCGAGACAUUCGUAAAUUGAGAAAAAAGGAGAUUCGAUUGGUAAAGGUUCAGUGGAAACAUCAACUUAUUCAGCAAGCUACCUGGGAAAUCGAAAGGAAUAUGCAAGACAAAUACCCUCACUUAUUUGAGGAUACAGACGAUAAACAAGCCAAAAAUGAACGGAAAGACAAGACUCAAGUUUUACAUAGUGGUGCAAGCUUGGAUUGAGGUAAGUGAUG